CAUUACCCAUAAACAGAAGAACCUUAACAAGGGUUUUGUUUGACUUUCUUGUUCCAUCUCAAAAAACUGAACUUCUCCAUCAUCACCAUGGCAGCCACACACCAAAACCUUCUCUAUCACUCUAGUUCCAUUCCCAAAGCCUUCAAUCACUCAUUCAACAAAAACCCAUUACCCCAAAACCUCAUUCUCCCCUUCAAAUCCAACCCCACCAUCAUCAAAUCACGUGUUCUAAGAGCAGUUUUAUCCCAAAACACACCCAAAACCUCACUAGAAACAACCAAGAACACUCAUUUUCAGCAUUGUUUCAGUAAAUCUGAAGAUGGGUAUUUGUAUUGUGAGGGUAUUAAAGUGGAUGAGAUUAUGGAAUCUGUUGAAAAAAGACCUUUUUAUUUGUAUAGUAAGCCACAGAUUACUAGAAAUGUUGAAGCUUAUAAAGAUGCAUUGGAAGGGUUAACAUCUAUUAUUGGUUAUGCUAUUAAGGCUAAUAAUAAUUAUAAGAUUUUGGAGCAUUUGAGAAAUUUGGGUUGUGGUGCUGUUCUUGUUAGUGGAAAUGAGCUUAAACUUGCUCUUCGUGCUGGAUUUGAUCCUACAAGGUGUAUCUUUAAUGGAAAUGGAAAAAUCUUGGAGGAUUUGGUCUUGGCUGCCGAAGCAGGUGUGUUUGUCAACAUUGACAGUGAGUUUGACUUGGAAAACAUUGUGGCGGCGGCAAGAAUUGCUGGAAAGAGGGUCAAUGUUUUACUUCGGAUUAAUCCUGAUGUUGAUCCGCAGGUCCAUCCUUAUGUUGCCACCGGAAAUAAGAACUCUAAAUUUGGCAUUAGAAAUGAGAAGCUGCAGUGGUUUUUAGAUGCUGUGAAGGAGCACCCUGUUGAGCUAAAGCUUGUAGGAGCCCAUUGUCAUCUUGGAUCAACCAUUACCAAGGUAGAUAUUUUCAGGGAUGCAGCCACUAUUAUGGUCAACUACAUUGACGAAAUUCGUGCUCAGGGUUUUGAAGUUGAUUAUUUAAAUAUUGGUGGUGGACUUGGCAUCGAUUAUUAUCAUGCUGGUGCUGUCCUUCCUAAACCCAGAGACCUAAUUGAUACUGUACGGGAGCUUGUUCUUUCCCGUGGUCUUAAACUCAUCAUUGAACCAGGGAGAUCACUUAUAGCAAACACCUGUUGCUUGGUUAACCGGGUGACAGGUGUCAAAACUAAUGGCUCUAAAAACUUCAUUGUCAUUGAUGGAAGUAUGGCUGAACUUAUCCGUCCAAGUCUUUAUGAUGCUUAUCAGCAUAUAGAGCUGGUUUCUCCUGCCCCAGCAAAUGCUGAGAUAGCAACUUUUGAUGUAGUCGGCCCUGUCUGCGAGUCUGCAGAUUUCUUAGGAAAAGGAAGAGAACUUCCAACUCCUGCCAAGGGUACUGGUCUAGUUGUUCAUGAUGCUGGUGCUUAUUGCAUGAGUAUGGCAUCCACUUACAAUCUAAAGAUGCGACCUCCCGAGUAUUGGGUUGAAAACGACGGAUCAUUGAGCAAAAUCAGACACGGUGAAACAUUCGAGGACCACAUGCGGUUCUUUGAGGGGCUUUGAACUGAUAACUUAUAUUUUCUUACUCAAACGAAAGCUCGAGAUUUGUUGUAUUGGGGUUUGGAUCUUUCCUUGUUCACGUACGCGAUAAUUUGGGUUUGAUUCUAAUGCAUACUCUUGAAGGGAAAGCAGAAUAAAAGAGAAUUCAGUUAAGAUGUAACACAUCAUUAAAUUUAAAUUUCCCCUUUCUAGUUUCAGUUAAGCAAAUGUUUGUUUUUGCAGCUAUCACAUAUCACAACAUAUUCACAUGUAAUGUGGAGCUUUUGUAUGGUGGUUGUAUACAUUUGAUAAUGACUGAAAACCAAUUUGACAA